GGGGCGCGGAGCCCGGGGACGGCUCCUCCUCCUGGCUUCGGGGGCUCCGUAGGCGGCUGGGCGCACGCAGACACUGCUUUAAGAGGACGACAUCAUGGAUAAAUAUGAAAUAAUUAAAAAAAUUGGAGAAGGAUCUUUUGGCACAAUAUUCUUGGCAAAAGGAAAAGUGGAUAAUGAGCAGUGUGUUAUCAAAGAGAUCAGUUUAACUAAGAUGCCUGUGAAAGAAAAAGAAGCUUCUCAGAAAGAAGUCAUUCUUCUGGCCAAGAUGAAGCAUGCAAAUAUCGUAACCUUCUAUGAUUCUUUGCGAGAAAAGAACAAGCUGUACAUUGUGAUGGAAUACUGUGAUGGUGGAGAUUUAAUGAAGCGGAUAAAUAUGCAGCAUGGAGUGCUGUUUGACGAGGACCAGAUUCUGAGUUGGUUUGUGCAGAUCUCCUUGGGCUUGAAGCAUAUUCACGACAAGAAGAUUUUACACAGAGAUGUAAAAGCACAGAACAUUUUUCUUAGCAAUAAUGGAAAGGUGGCAAAGCUUGGGGACUUUGGCAUAGCAAGACAGUUGAACAGCACUAUGGAGUUUGCCCAUACCUGUGUAGGGACCCCCUAUUAUCUGUCACCUGAGAUCUGUGAAAAUCGACCAUAUAACAAUAAAACAGAUAUUUGGUCUCUUGGCUGUGUGCUUUAUGAGCUAUGUGCACUAAAGCAUCCUUUUGAAGGCAAUAGUUUGCACCAGCUGGUGCUGAAGAUCUGCAGAGGACAUUUUCACCCGGUGUCUCCCAACUAUUCGUAUGAUUUGAGGAUAUUGAUUUCCCAGUUGUUUAAAAUAUCUCCAAGAGAUCGACCAUCUAUCAAUUCUAUUCUAAGGAAGCCCUUCUUGCAGAAGCUCGUUCUUAGGUAUUUGCCCCCUGAGGAAGAUCUCAGUCACACUGUGAUACAUAGAAAAAAGCCUUCAGCAUCACAGCCUGGAGCCAAGCUGAUACAAGCAUAUAAACUUCAAAAAAGUACAGUCCAGGACGAAGUUUCUCCAGAAUCUGGAAUGAUGGUGCCUGUCAAGAAGCAGGAAUUAUUUCAAAGAAAUGAAUGGAAACCUCCUUCAGGAAGGCAACAGCCUCUUUUUCAGCCACAGACCUCCAGAUGUAAGAUGGCAGAAAGGCCAGAAAGUAUUAGAGUACAUGGCCAUUAUGGUCAUUACUAUGAUAAGCUUGACAACUUCAGGAGGAAAGCUAAUGCACAUUAUGACCUUUCUCAUAUCAGCCAAAGAGUUGAGGAAUACUAUAAACUAAAAGGACAAGUUGCACCUCCACCCCCACCAUCUGACUGGCCUUCAGAAUAUCUUCAAAGGCGAUUUGAAGCCCAACAGUACAAGAUUAAAGUGGAAAAACAGCUGGGACUGCGACCAUCCUCUGCUGACCCAUAUUAUGACCAAAUACAGCAGCAGAAAGUAAAGGAAGAACAUCUCAAAAAACAUCAGCAGGACGUGUCUAGAAAGAACGAAAUGAAAGAACAGGAGUACCUGAAACAAUUACAGAAAAUUCGGGAGGAAUACCAGAGCAAUAUAAAAGAAUUCAGAUUUAGAGCAGGAGUGCUCCAGGAGAAUCAAAAAAUACAAGAUAAAACCUAUCUUGUGAGACAAGGCAAAGCUGAGGACCAGUCUGAAAUCGAAGAUACAGCUGGAACAGGAGGAGAAUCACUUCAGGACAUGGAAGAAAACUUUAAACAAGUCAGACUCCAGAAUAGUCCAGACCAAAAAAUCUUAGAAAAGAAACAUAACGCAAAGGGAGGAGUAAAGUUUGAAAUUAAUUUAGAUGUAUGUGUUCCUGAGGAAGACAGUAUUCGAGAAGCAGAGAGUAACCUAUUGUUUUCGCAGGUACUAGAUAAACUCAAUGAGACUUUAACUUUUGUGGAUGGUGAGAAUCUUAAGGAGAAAUUGGUGGAAGUUUAUGAAGAUCAUACGGACAGAGUUUUGGAAGAAGAAGCAGAGUCCAAUGACAUAGGUGAUAAGAAAGAAAACAGAAAACAUUGGCAAGGUGGAGCCCCUCAGACACUACUGAAUUUUUUAGCUGAUGCUGAUGUCACAUCUGUAUGUCCUACCAUGGCUGAAAAUGAACUUGCUGACCAUGCUAUUCUGCCUGAAGACAUCCCGGAAAACAGGAAGCGGUGGAAACAAACACCACCAGGGACACUCCUGAACAUCUUAGCAAAAGCAGAGCUGUCUAGUGAUUCCUUAAUCUGUCUUGAAGAAGAAAUAGAAGGGAGAUUAACUAUGUUGCCUCCAAAAGAAAACAAGGAAGAUGAUUCAGAAACAUACACUGCUGUUGCUGUUGAUGAAGGCAGACUUGAGCCAAGAUCAGAUGACGAAGACACAAAUUUUGAAGAUUCUGAAGACGAACUCAGACAUGAGCUGGAGGCAUCUCUGGAAAAAGUGGUAACUUCUCCAGCAGAGAGAACCCUGGAGUCUCCCACCCUUUCAAUAAAUAAAGGUCAAACAGAUGAAGAAAAGAUGAGUUUACCUCACAAACUACUUGCAAAAUCUGGUGAUGAUUUAGAAAAUAACCAUGGGUCAUUUAGUGUUGACCCACAUAAUGAAAAAGGCAAGCAGGAGGCAAGAGCUACCUAGAACACCAGCACAGUUACUCUUUCAAAACUUUAAUUUGCUUGAAGUUUCAGCCACAUCAGUAACAAAAUUUAAGGAUAGCUGACAUUAAAUGCCAAGUAAAUCAACAGUGCUAAACGCUCAAUUAAAAUUAAUAGAAGCCUGUUACUAUUUUGUUUAAAAGGAAAAAAAUCAGGCUAGUUUUCAGACAUGUUGAAAAAUCCUCAUCCAGACGGAAAUGCACAUUCGUCUUUAUUAUUCUGAACUAGCUGGGACUUCUGUGACAACACUUGCUUCAGCAAAUUUCCAAUUACGUACUCCCAUUAACCAUUUUUGUAUCACGUAAGAAAGUCUCUUAGUGUAUUGUAUUGCCCUAGCUCAAUCAACUCCUUGUUCUAAGAAGCUCUUCCAGCUUUUCCUAAUCAGUAUGUACUGCCAAUACUGCUUUAUAAUCCGUAGUUUCAUUUACACAGUACUGACCCUACGUAGUAUCACCAACUGCUCAGCAGUUUUAUAUAGUAAUGUAAAAGGGUUUAUUAGCACCGUGAGAGUUGUGUGUUCCCCAAUUCCUAAUAAAAUAUGGAACAGUUAGUUCUUCAUGUACAAAAUUUCACAUAGUCCAGGUGAAGCUUAGAGGGAAAAUCAUGUUCUAAAGUCUGAUUUCAGUAGCUUUUUGUACUUUUAGUUUGCUAAAAUAUAAAAUACUGCUUUGAUGGCUCAAAAAAAGGACUAUAUGUUUUUCCAUUUUUCAUACAAAAACAGAUGUCCAAUUUUUGAACAUUUUGUUCACAAUGUUCUGUUUUACAAUAAGCAGUAGUUUAGGGCUUUAAUGUUCAUGUUUGUGUAGCAUUUAAUUCUGCCCUCUAAUCUAGACCCUUCUGUUCCCUAGGAACAGAAAAACUUUCAGUAGAAUAGAGUUGGAAAAAUACCACUAAGUUGUCAUACUGUGAAAGGGCACAAGGAAAUAGCUAAUACAAGGAUCAUAGACAAGUGCAAUUAUUACACUUAUUAAAAAGCAAGCUAGCAAAACCACAAUAUGAUUAACCUAAAGGAAUCACUGUAGGUAAUGAAAUCUCGAGAACCACAAUUAAAAUCCCUCAUAAUAGAAUUUUGCCACAGACUGGGGGACAGCAAAUUGAAAAUGUGCUACAGAUGCUGGAAAAAAAUUCCUCUGGAUACAAAAGCUAUCAAUCAAACAAAAAUGUUGACUUUAAAAAGUGUGACUGUGA